CUUCAACCCCUUUUCUUCCAUUUUCUGUUUGAUAUCUGAUAAAUUUGAUAACCCAGAUGCGAUUUUAUCUUGUUACUCCUUUUUCAUACCUCUGUUUUUAUCUGUCUUUUGAAAUUCCCUCGUUUGGGUUUGAAUUAUAGCUUCCAUUUACCCCUUUUCUUGUUCUGUGGCGUUGUUUUGGAACUCGAUUGCUUCAGGAAUGCGUUAGUUUUUCAUCUCAAUUGAAUAAUCAUGUGAAAUUUAACUCUUGUUCGGGGUUUUGUUUUUCUCUUUCUCUAUAUUCUCCUCUUGUUGGAAAGUUUUUGGGGGGUCUUUGUUGAUUGACAAGGCAGUGUUUGGUUGUUUUUCUGCAGAUUAAUCAUGUGAAAUUUAACUCUUGUUCGGGGUUUUGUUUUUCUCUUUCUCUAUAUUCACCUCUUGUUGGAAACUUUUUUGGGGGGGGGGGGGGUUUGUUGAUUGACAAGGCAGUGUUUGGUUGUUUUUCUGCAGACUAAUCUAUUUAGCGAAUGGAUUUUGAUAACGUUUACGACUAUCUGAAGGAACUUUUUCCGGAGAUUGAUCAUCGGAUACUAAGGGCUGUAGCCCUUGAAAAUCCUAAAGAUGUUCAUUUAGCUGUUACUGAUGUUCUCACGGAGGUUAUCCCUCGUUUCCGUCAAAAAUCUAAAUUACCCUCGCCGGAUCCUGGUGUGGAGUUUGCAUCUAAAAUUGAAGUUGAGAAGAAAAUGCAAAUUAGGCCCUUGAGAUGGGUGCCGAGGGGUAUGGUUCCUUCAAAGUCAGGUAAAAUUGGUGAUGAAGCAUGUAGUGACACUUCCCAAGAGAGUGGUGUGGCACAUCUAGGUGCAGUGUUGAAUCAAUCUGUCUCUGCAAAUAACUAUGUUGCUAGUGAUGAUUGUGAACUAUCACAUGAGAAUACCGAAACUACAAGCCUCCCUGUACCAGCUAUUGUACAAGAAGACCGCAGUGAAGUAGAAUUGAAUCGUGUAGCACCUGGAAAAUCAAAUGGUUUGAUUCAUGAAGAUAGUGAACAUAAUGAUCACGAACAAAGUCCUCAAAUUAACAAAAUCAGGAACCAGAUUACUGAGGAUAUCAAACAGAAUAAGAUACUGUUUGAUGGUGUCAUUCAUUCUCGUAACAUUUGUGAUUUGGACUCCUUAGUUUUGCAUGAAUUAUUAUACCAUGAUGAUCGACCCGUUUCUGUGGAUGAGAAUUCUGGUAGUCAGACUGCCAAUCCAUCUUUCGAAAAUCAUUCUCCUGUUCAAUCUGUAAUCCAUCUUCACUCAGAAUCUGACUAUCAGGAAUCAAAUGCAAAUGGCACUUCAAAUCCUACUCCCAAGCAAGAGUGUUCUCCUGGUGAGAUUACUGCAAUUGAAGAUGGGUUAAUGGGGCAUACCAUUAUCACUCAGUCAAGCCAACCAUGCAGUAUUGAUCUUCUUGACAAGAUCAUUGAGGAUGCUAAAAGCAACAAGGUACUCCUGUUUGUAGUAUCCUUGAUUCCUGGACUACCUUCUCCAUGA